CAUAAAAGUUUUUGUUUAGGGAAAUCAUUCCCCUAAAAAUUGAGAAACCGAGGCUGCAAAAAAUAAAAGAAAAAAGAAAAAAGAAAAAAAAUGAGCGCAUAAUUGAGAGAUUAUAAUCACAAAAUUUAUUUGAGAAUAAAUAAAGGAUAAAAAGGUGGAUGAAAGAUAAAAAUAAAUCUGAAAAGAAAGAGCAAGAAAUGGGGAGCAGCAGCACAGAGGUUCUGAAUGGGGAAAAUGGCGCAAGUCUUUUAAACUCGGUGGACGCAUUCCUAUUUGACUGCGAUGGUGUAAUAUGGAAAGGUGACAAGCUCAUUGAUGGCGUUUCUGAGACGCUUCAAUUUCUCAGGUCUCAGGGAAAGGCGCUGGUUUUUGUGACUAACAAUUCCACCAAAUCAAGAGCUCAAUAUGCCUCUAAAUUCCUUUCUUUGGGCAUUUCUGUUUCUCAGGAUGAGAUAUUCAGCUCCUCAUUCGCAGCUGCUAUGUACUUGAAAUCCAUACAAUUUUCUCCGGAUAAAAAGGUUUAUGUUAUUGGUGGAGAAGGCAUUGUAGAGGAGCUACACCUUGCUGGCUUUACAUCCCUUGGUGGCCCUGAUGAUGCCAAUAAGAAAAUUGAACUCAAACAAAAUCCGUUUUUUCACCAUGACAAGACUGUUGGAGCUGUUGUGGUUGGAUUGGAUCAGUAUAUUAACUUUUACAAGCUCCAGUAUGCAACUCUUUGCAUUCGUGAGAAUCCCGGAUGCCUAUUUAUUGCUACCAAUCGUGAUGCUGUGGGACAUAUGACUGAUUUACAAGAAUGGCCCGGUGCUGGAUGUAUGGUUGCUGCUGUCUGUGGCACAACUCAGAAAGAGCCUGUUGUGGUCGGAAAGCCAUCAACAUUCAUGAUGGACUUCUUGCUAAAGAAAUUCAAUGUCGACACCUCCAGAAUGUGUAUGGUGGGUGAUAGAUUGGAUACUGAUAUUCUAUUUGGACAGAGUGCUGGCUGCAAAACACUCCUUGUUCUCUCCGGUGUGACGUCACUGCCUGCUCUUCAGGACUCAGCAAACAACAUCGUGCCAGAUUACUACACAGACAAGGUGUCCGACUUGCUACAACUAUUGGGACCGUAACUAUAUUACAUUUCAGCAACCAGUGGACCUGCUCCUCCCAACCCAUGAAGCCACUUUCUUCCAUGUUAUCAUGUCAAUCCAUGUCCCAGUUGUUAGUCUUGCUAUUGGAACUCUAUCAAACUAGGUUUACCAAAAUUGUGCGGUAAGCCACAAUAUUAUUUAGCCUGAAAGUAUGGAUUAUUUCUCUGUUGUAUUUAACCAGGUCAUUUGCUUUAACCCUUCUACUUUUCCUUGAUAUUUGGAAAAUAAAUUGGUGACACUGUGAUGGAGUAUUGACUAACUCUUGAUUGCUCAAUUAGCAUUUGGAUUAAUCUGGGUCCUAAUUGUCUA